AUGUAUCUCUUAAACAUGAAAGGAGUAUCUAUAUCAACCUGCACAUUCUUCUUUAUUUUUUCUGCUUUUGCUGUUUUUUGCACAAUUGAAGCUGUCAUUAAGAUACCAGGCAAUGAAACAAUACCCGCGGUUCUUAUGUUUGGUGAUUCUAUUGUCGAUACGGGCAACAACAACAAUAUCAAAUCAAUAGUAAAGAGCAAUUUUCCUCCAUAUGGGAGGGAGUUUAAGGGAAGAGUAUCAACAGGAAGAUUUUCCAAUGGAAAGGUUCCCUCGGAUUUCUUAGUGGAAGAAUUCAGAAUUAAGGAGUUCCUACCAGCAUACAGGGAUCCAACUUUGCAGCCUAAAGAUCUCCUAACAGGUGUAAGCUUUGCUUCAGGUGGCACAGGAUAUGAUCCUUUGACAUCAGAAUUGGUGUCAGUCAUACCACUAUCCGAGGAGAUACAAGACUUCAAGAAAUAUAUAGAAAAGCUAAAAGGAAUGGCUGGAGAAGAGGGAACAAACUUCAUCUUAGCCAAAUGUGUAACUUUUUUGGUAGCGAGCAGCAAUGAUAUUGCCAAUACCUAUUUCCUUGCUGGAAUUAGGAGAUUGCACUAUGAUGUUCCUUCUUACACCGAUCUUUUGGUCAAUGCGGCUUCUAAUUUUGUCAAGGAAUUAUAUGGAUUGGGAGUGCGAAGGAUUGGAGUUUUCGGCGCACCACCACUUGGAUGUUUGCCGGCGCUUAAAAGUGUGAAUGGGGAUUCAGGAAAAGGGUGUGUAGAUGACCCCAAUGAAGCUGCAAAAUUGUUCAAUGCUAAACUGUCUGGAGAGCUAGGUUACCUUAACAACAAUCUGCCUCAUGCAAGGGUGAUCUAUAUUGAUAUCUACGACCCUCUACUUGAUAUUAUCCAAAAUCCCAAGAAACAUGGCCUUGAGAUUGCAAAUAAAGGGUGUUGUGGAACAGGAACUGUUGAGGUAUCUGUACUAUGUAACCAACUGGACCCGCACACCUGUGCAGAUGACUCUAAGUAUGUUUUUUUCGACAGUUAUCAUCCUACAGAAGCAACAUACAAGAUAAUUGUCAAUCAGCUCCUCAAAAAAUAUAUCAACAGCUUCCUUUGA